AGGGAAAAGUGCGCAAGCGUCCCACGUGAAUAUUUAAAUCUCCACUCUUGAUUCCUCCUCUGUGUUGUUUAAAAGUGUUGUCGACGUGAUUUAAAUUGUCAGAUUUUCCGUCAAUCAAAUUCGAAAUUCUCAGUGUUUGUGCAAAUUUUGUGCAAAAUGCCGGCCGAUUCGGAAUUAAACUCGGUUUUAAUCAGACGACAAGAAAUCAACGAUGCUCUGGAUAAUGGGCACGAAGUCAAAGUUAACUACAGAGUGGUCAAUGUUUACACCGAGUUUCACGAGUUUUCCAGGAAGGAAAUCAAGCAGUACGAAAGCACGUUCAAAAAAUUCAACACCAACAAAGACGGUUACUUGAGCCUCAGCGAACUGAAACGCAUGAUGGAGGUUUUGGGAGCCCCCCAGACCCACGUGGGGCUUAAAGCGAUGAUCAAGGAAGUGGACGAGGAUGACGACGGGAGACUCUCCUUCAGAGAGUUUCUCCUAGUGUAUCGCAAAGCCAGGGCUGGAGAACUCGAAGAGGACUCCGGGUUAGCUCAAAUGGCCAAAUUGACCGAAGUCGACGUGGAUAAAGUGGGGGUCAAUGGGGCGAAGGAGUUUUUUGAAGCAAAGAUCCAGGAGUUGGCAAAGAGGAGCAAAUUCGAGAGCGAGAUACUGGAAGAACAGGAGGAGAGGAAGCGAGCGGAGGAAGAGAGGAUUUUGAGGAGGCAACAAUUCCUGCAAAAGGCCGCCAUUUUUAAAUAAGUUUUAGACUGAAACGCGCAUUUAUUGUAAAUAUAAGUAUUAAAGUAAGUGGCAAAUUUUAUUAACUUUUGAUUGAGCUUUUGAAUUUUGUGAUAGACGUUUUUUAAUAAAAUU